GCCGCCUCAGUAUAGCUGUUGACGAUUUGAUGGAGAUAGAGAGAGAGAGAGAGAGGAGCAUGUAUGUUUGUAUUGUGAUAACUUAUGCGUCAGCAUGGUGUGUGAUUCUUUUGUCCCAUCGACACGCACAAUAAACUGUCAAAUGGUUAUAAUCACUCCACAAACAAAGAAUUAGGGACCUAAUUGAUGGAAAAAAUCCCUGACGGUGCUUAAUUAGGGCAUUGUGCAACAAUUAUGCAACCAAACAAAUCGCCUAAAUAUUCCUCCCUCAUUUAACGCCAUCGAAAAAGGACUUUUUUGCCAAAAGGAUGCUAAAACGCCGUAGUACGCAGACGCGUGAAAUUUCUGUACUGAGUAAGCCGUGAAAUGUCUUUUCUCGUUCGUGUGCGUGUGUGUUUCCCUCAGUCGCAGUCGCAGUCUGCAGUGCAAGGAAUUCGCGUGCUUUUUUUUGGAGCAUGCCUGGACUGACCACUCGAUGAAAGGGAAUUCCGGAACCAAACCGUUCGUAAUGUGCAGCCGGAGCUACUAGGCGGACUGAGAGGGAGAUAGCCAGAGAGAGCGAGAGAGAGAGAGAAGUCAGCUAAAAAACUGGAAGGGCCAACCCUCUUCAACCCACACGGACACCCGCGUAGACGACGGCGAAGACAACCAUGAAGCGGCAAAACAUUCGCACCCUUUCGCUGGUGGUGUGCACGUUCACCUAUCUACUGAUCGGGGCCGCCGUGUUCGACGCACUGGAGUCGGAAACCGAAGCACGCCGCUGGGAGUUUUUGAAAAGUGUGAAGGCGUCCUUUGUCGCGAAGUACAACAUCACGCCGGAGGACUACCACAUGAUCGAGAUCGUGAUCACGGAGAACAAACCGCACAAAGCGGGACCCCAGUGGAAGUUUGCCGGCGCGUUCUACUUUGCCACGGUCGUGCUGGCGAUGAUCGGGUACGGCCACUCGACGCCGGUCACCAUCGGCGGGAAGGCGUUCUGCAUGGCGUACGCGAUGGUCGGCAUUCCGCUGGGGCUCGUCAUGUUCCAAAGCAUUGGCGAACGUUUGAACAAGUUUGCCUCGGUUGUAAUACGCCGCGCGAAAAAAUAUCUGCGCUGCCAGCAGACGGAAGCUACCGAGAUGAACCUGAUGCUCGCAACCGGAUUACUUUCGUCGGUUAUUAUUACGACCGGAGCGGCUGUGUUUUCACGCUACGAAGGAUGGAGCUAUUUCGACAGCUUCUACUACUGCUUUGUAACACUGACGACGAUCGGCUUCGGUGACUACGUCGCGCUGCAGAACGACCAGGCGCUGAUCAACAAGCCCGGCUACGUCGCGCUCAGCCUGGUGUUCAUCCUGUUCGGGCUGGCCGUCGUCGCGGCCAGCAUCAAUCUGCUCGUCCUGCGCUUCAUGACGAUGAAUGCGGAAGACAUCCGGCGGGAGGAGGCCGAAAUGCAAUCGUCCGUCGAUGGGCUGACGACGUACGAGUGCGAAUCGACGGGAAAGUUGCUCUCGUGCGCCAACCUGAACUACUGCUCGGAGAUCGAGGAAGAGGACACUUCCGUCUGCUCGUGUACCUGCCUCGGUGGUAACAGCUUCACCACGCACGAGCACGAAUUUCUGCUCGACCAAGGAUAUCAUCCGGCCGAUAUCAUCACGAGCACUAUCAGCCUUAAGCGCAUGUCGAUCUAACUAGAGUGGGCGGUGAAGAGCUGCACUCACACACACACGGAUUAUAGAUAGAAAUACUAGGGCAGGGAUUAAGUAUAGUAAGUUCAUCCUUUUUUCGUGUGCACAUAAGCAAACCGUUCUUUUCUUCCGCUGCUUCAGAUAGUUAGAGCCAUUCGAUAUUCAAUUUUAGUCGUGCCAAAACAAACGAUCCACGUGUCCAAAACAGAUUUUGAAAUUAGCGAUUUUUUUUCUCUCUUUUACUGUAGUGUAGUGUUUCUCAUUUUUGUACAAAGAAAACGCCGUUUAACCAUUUUAUGAAAUAAAAGAAAUUC